GUGCAUCGAUAAAAUUUAUUGUUGAGUUAUUCUAUUUAGUGUGAUGAUAUGUGAUUAGUCUAAGAAUCUUCAUCAUUUAAUUUAAUUCAUAAAUUGAUAUUUUUUUGAAGCUGGCCCAAUUUAUAACAUGAGUUUGUCAACCUAUGGACCCAAUUCACAGGGUACCUUAACAUUUCAUGAUCCCGAGGAGGCAAAUGAAUUGAUUGGAGGUGAUACUCAAGGAACUGAUUUUGAUUUCACCGAUUUUACAUUACCCACAUUGACUCAAAGUCAAUGUUCCCAACCCCUUACUGGUGCAGGACCGUCUGUAACAUCAGGAGAUAAAGAUGGUCAAUCUAGCGCUCAUAAACAAGGAGAUUUGGGAUUACAGAAUGGAGAUAUAACCGCUGUUGCUCAAGCAUUUGGUGAGCUGAAUUUUGAGGAAGAAGAGGAAGACCAAUAUUACAACAAAGAUCUACCAGAUCACGCUUGUAAAUACUGUGGCAUACAUGAUCCAUCAUGUGUUGUUCAAUGUAACGUUUGUAAAAAAUGGUUUUGCAAUGGAAGAGGAAAUACCUCAGGGAGUCACAUCAUAAACCAUCUUGUUCGAGCCAAACAUAAGGAGGUAACUCUCCAUAAAGAUGGGCCACUUGGUGAAACUGUCCUAGAAUGCUAUAGCUGCGGCUGUCGAAAUGUUUUUGUUCUUGGAUUUAUUCCAGCUAAAGCUGACUCUGUUGUUGUACUUUUGUGUCGUCAACCUUGUGCUGCACAAAGCAGUCUUAAAGACAUGAAUUGGGAUCUGGAACAAUGGAAGCCUCUCAUCAAUGACCGAACUUUCUUAUCCUGGUUGGUUAAAAUUCCCUCUGGUCAGGAACAGUCACGAGCUAGACAGAUAACAGCUCAGCAAAUAAAUAAGCUAGAAGAGCUUUGGAAAGAUAAUGUUGACGCUACGUUCCAAGACCUUGAGAAGCCAGGAGUUGAUGAAGAACCUCAACAGGUUCUACUCCGGUAUGAAGAUGGCUACCAAUACCAAAAUAUAUUUGGUCCACUUGUUAAAAUGGAAGCAGAUUAUGACGAAAAACUUAAAGAAUCACAAACUCAGGAUAAUAUUGAAGUAAGAUGGGAUAUUGGUCUGAACAAAAAGAUAAUUGCAUAUUUCAACAUUGCCAAAUCUGAUAGUGAUAUGCGGUUAAUGCAUGGAGAUGAACUUCGCCUGAGAUAUUUGGGUGAACUUGACAAACCAUGGUCUGGAGUCGGCCAUGUUAUUAAAAUACCUGACAAUUACAGUGAAGAAGUUGGUAUUGAAAUGAAAAGCAAUAUUUGCGUGCCAACUGAAUGUACAUCUAAUUUCGUUCUCGACUUUGUUUGGAAAUCUACAUCUUUUGAUAGGAUGCAAGCUGCUCUUCGUCAGUUUGCUGUUGACGAAUCUUCUGUUUCCGGAUAUAUUUAUCAUCGUUUACUUGGACACGAAAUUGACGAUGUUAUAAUGAGAUGUAAUCUACCCAAGCACUUUUCUGCCCCAAAUCUACCAGAAUUGAACCGAUCACAAGUUAUCGCUGUUAAACAUGCUCUCCAACGUCCGUUAUCUUUAAUCCAAGGCCCCCCUGGAACUGGUAAAACUGUUACUUCAGCAACAAUUGUUUAUCAUCUUGUUAAAACAGGAAAUACUCCAGUUUUAGUUUGCGCUCCUAGUAACAUUGCUGUUGACCAAUUGACCGAAAAAAUUCACCGUACAGGUUUAAAAGUUGUUCGGUUAUGUGCAAAAAGUCGUGAAGCAAUUAGCUCACCAGUAUCUUUUCUCGCUCUUCAUAACCAAAUACGUAAUAUGCAGGGACAUUCAGAGUUACAUAAACUACAACAGCUUAAAGAUGAAACUGGCGAGUUAUCAUCUGCUGAUGAAAAACGAUAUCGUAUGCUCAAGAAAGCAAGUGAAAGAGAGCUUCUUGAAGCAGCCGAUGUCAUUUGCUGUACAUGUGUUGGUGCCGGUGAUCCCAGAUUGGUUCGUUUCAAGUUUCAUUCAAUUUUAAUUGACGAAAGCAUGCAAGCCACUGAACCAGAAUGCAUGGUACCUGUUGUCUUAGGUGCUAAACAGCUGGUUCUAGUUGGUGACCACUGCCAAUUGGGUCCUGUUGUUAUGUGUAAGAAAGCGGCUCGAGCUGGUCUUUCUCAAUCGCUCUUUGAGCGACUUGUUGUCCUCGGUAUUAGACCUCUUCGAUUAGAGGUUCAAUAUCGUAUGCAUCCAUCGUUGAGUAAAUUCCCAUCCAACUUUUUCUAUGAAGGUUCACUUCAAAAUGGGGUAAAUCCAGAUGAUCGUAAAAUGAAAAGAGUUGAUUUUCCAUGGCCACAGCCAGAUAAACCCAUGUUUUUCUAUUGUUGUCAAGGACAAGAAGAAAUUGCUGGAUCUGGCACAUCGUAUUUAAAUAGAACUGAAGCUGCACUUGUUGAAAAGAUAACUACACGUUUCCUUAAAGGUGGCGUCAGACCAGAACAGAUUGGUGUGAUUACCCCUUAUGAAGGCCAAAGAGCCUAUUUGGUCCAGUAUAUGCAAUACAAUGGAUCGCUACAUGCUAAAUUAUACCAAGAAAUUGAAGUUGCCAGUGUCGACGCUUUCCAGGGAAGAGAAAAGGAUUUAAUUAUUAUGUCUUGUGUAAGAUCCAACGAACAUCAAGGUAUUGGUUUCCUUAAUGACCCUUGUCGACUUAACGUUGCACUGACCCGUUCUCGUUACGGUAUUAUAAUUGUUGGUAAUCCAAAAGUUCUGUCCAAACAACCACUCUGGAAUCAUUUGCUUACUUUUUACAAGGAAAACAAAGUUCUGGUCGAAGGACCUUUAAAUAAUCUGAAAGAAAGUAUGAUUCAGUUCAGUAAGCCACGUAAAAUGUUGAACUCGAUUAAUCCUGGUGGUCAUUUCAUGCACACUACCACUUUUGAUGCUCGUGAAGCUAUGAUUCCUGGAAGUAUUUACGAUAGAUCAGGAAACAGUAAUAAUAACAAUCGAUUCAAUGGAUCACUUCAUUUAAUAGCAGCAGCUGCUGCUGCCGCUGGAAGCCAAAACUCUGGACCUCUACCAAAUGUUACUCAUCCCCCAUAUUUCCGCGCACAUGAUCAAAUAUCGUACAUAAGUCCCGAGCGUGCACAAGCUGGUGCAGCUCUAUCUAACCUUCCAGUUCCAAUUGGAAUGUUCAUGAACAUGAUUCAUAUACCACCUCGAUUUUACAAUCAACAUCAACAAGCAAUGCAAUCACGGCAACAAGGUAUUCCGGAACAGCGAUCCAAAGGUGUCACCUCAGGUAGACUCAAUCGUCUUAACCCUAAUCAGCCUCCUCGUCGAUCUGGAACAACUAAACUGGAGAACGGUUCAUGUCCCAGUAGUCAACCGGCAAGUCAAGAAGUGGGUGGUACAUCUUUCUCACAGGGUCCAUUGACACAGAAUCAACUGUCAAUGAGCCAAAUAAGCCAGUUACCCUAUCCAAGUUUAUCUCAACACCCCUUCUCCCAGCCUGGGCUUUCACAGACCGAACUUUCUCAAGAUCCAUAUAUGACUGAUCCAUACAAUUUCUAAGGCUCAUUGGACUAGCUUAUUGUGGCGAUGAAAAGGAUGGAACAGGUUCAGGAACUCGUGCACCUAGAAGAAAACGGUUCACUCGUUCACAUGACCUAAUUUCACUUCAUGAGGAGGCAAUCAAGGAACACGAACACCAUAUUGGUACUACAAAGAAGAGCGAUCGUGGUAAACGAAGAAUUGAACCAAUGACCACUGUUCAUCCACAUGAAGGCAUGGACCACGGUGGACAUUCAACUCAUCGUCCAAUAAUAUUAAACUAAUAUUUUUCUUGACACACUAAGCAUGGCUAUGGUAGAUCAUGAUUGCUUAGUUAAACUAACAUUUGAAUUCCUUCCUCCUCCAGCUACCCAGAAGUUUAAUAUAAAAUUAUAUUAAUAUUACAUUAAUCAACAGUCAAUAAAAUGAAAACAAACUAGUGGUUUUGUCUUCAAUUUGAACGUAUUACCUUUUUCACAGAGGCUCACCUUUAUUAAAAUGUAGGGAACUAUUCAAAAACAAAAACCAAAAAAUCGAGAAACCGCCUCUAAGCGUAUCUUUAUCUUUCCCUGACUCUUCCUUUCCAAUAAUUUUCUGGUUGCCUUAAAUUUGAAAAAUAUGCUUUUCUUUGAACCCAAUUUAUAUGAUUAUUGCUAAUUUGGAAUCCAUUGUUUGUUUACAAUUAAAUUACAAUUCCUUCUUUCA